CACACCUACAUCAGUCUCGCGACACCAAGCGUCAAAGAAAUGCCUGCAGCCGAGGGCAUCGUGCUGAUACUGGAGUCGCAGUUCGAUGCCGACACGAUCCCAGAAGCCGCCAUAGCAGGCAGCGAUGCGAUGGAUAGCGCCAGCUAUGAACAACGAUCAGUCGAUGUCUACGUGCCGUCCUACCUCGCAUCUCAAUUCUGGAUCUCGUACACGAUCAAUCCAGCCAUGCUCGCUCCUACCCAUGCGCCAACCAAGUACGUCUUCUUCAAGCUCAUGCUCGACGGCGAAAGCAUCGUGAGCUGGGGCGUGGGAGAAGCAGAAGAGUGGAAGGGCAAGACAAUGUGGGCUUUCUUCCGUGGUGAGGAUCAAGGCGGCUGGCGUGCUGUCGACAAGCGCGCCUUCUUCUUCCGUCCAACCGGCCAUGACCAGGACUUCGACAUCCUUGCAUUCCGCGCAAGAGGCAGGCGUAGAGAGUGUAGACAGUUUGACGACAUGCCACCCAUGGGCGAGAAGGGCGAGAAGGGCUUCGACCUCGUCAACUGGGGUCGUCUUAAAGAGCACAAUCCUCAGAACUUCUACCAAUAUGCUCUCCUGGAUCCAGUCGACCAGCCGUACGCUACCUUCCGCUACCAUGUUCGAGGGGGUCCUCACGUCCGCGCCCCUUGCUCUGACCAGCACAUCGACCAUCCUGACACCAUUGGACCCUACGUUAGCACCGUCGAGCAACCUUCGAAGCCCAGAGAUACGUUACCAGAUGCCUCCCAGAUCCGUAGACUCUCGUAUCCGCCAACCAUAUGCCUCACUCCCACCUCGUCACAGGCCGAGCCUUCUUCGCCUACGAAGCUGGACUCCGAACACCCUGUCGACUCAGAGCUAGACAUGUCAACCAUUUUGGACCCGGAGCCGUCAGCCACAGGGCAACUUCUGUCAGCCUCAGAGACCACCAACAAUACAGAAGCACAGACAGAGGUAGCGGAACAGAGCGAGAAGGAGCGUAUAAGCAGCGUGGAUACAGUUGUUCGCAAGCGCUCUCUACGGACUCCUACACCACUGCCUUUGCUCAUCAACAAUACACCGCCGUCAAGUCUCAGAAAGCGCAGCGGAGCAAAGAUCAAGGAAUGGUUUGGAAGCAUUUCUAAGCGAAGAGCUAUCAGACCAAGAUCAACCUCUCCGAUACAUCCCUCCUUGUCGCACAAAACCAGCUCGGCAUCCUUGUCUUGAGUACCGUGUGUAUCCUAACCCCGCGGAUAUCAUGAGAAGAUCACCAAAUGCGACGGCAUUAUGAGAAAUGAACCAUGAGGAUAAUGAUAGGCUGUAACAAGGGUGGAGAGAUGGACAGUUGAAGGUCUGCCAUCUGGUCGUUUGAGGUGCG